AACCUCCAAAGUCCCAUGCGUAAAUUCCGAAGGCUGGUAGGCGACCAACAGAGGCCCCCGUGCCGUGCUCUGCUCUACUCAUGGCAGACCGUCGCCUUGGAAGACGCGGGGGAGGAAUUCUGGAGAUCUAAACCCCGGCACGCAGCCAGGAGAACCGGGAGCUACAGUUCGCCAUCAAAUCCACUUCUUGCCGCUUCAGGAAUUGGGGAAUUCUUCUCAGUCGCAUCUUGAUUUCUUGGUCAGAGCCCUCUUCAUUCUGCGCGAAGAUAGCCUCGUGGUUGUUUACUUGUUUCCAAUCGCUUCUGCAGUGUCGAGUGACAUUUGUGGAGCUGGAGGCCAGAGCUUCGCGGCGGCGCCGGCGAAGAUGAGCAGCGGAGACGGUGCUAAGAGCAGGAGGGCUGCCUCAGAUAAGAUGACGAAGCUCAGAGAGUUGCUGCACAAGAGCGAUAACCGCAUAUGUGCUGACUGCAGUGCACCUGAUCCCAAAUGGGCAUCGGCUAACAUUGGAGUAUUCAUAUGCCUAAAAUGCUCUGGUGUUCACAGAAGCCUUGGCACACAUGUUUCAAAGGUUUUGUCAAUCACUCUAGAUCAAUGGAGUGAUGAUGAAAUUAACUCGAUGAUAGAAGUUGGUGGAAACUCUUACGCCAAUUCUAUAUAUGAAGCAUUUAUUCCAGAGGGCUAUCACAAACCGCAUCCAGAUUCUAGCCAGGAAGAGAGAGCUGAUUUCAUCAGGUCAAAGUAUGAGUUGCAAGAAUUUCUGAAGCCAAGCCUACGGAUAGUUUCUAGUAAGAGCUCUUUAGAGGCUACCUACUCUCGAAAACAUAUGGGCAGCAAUGCUUCUCAUUCUGUAAGUUUCAACAGUGAGGCUGGCAUGGUUGAGUUUAUUGGAAUACUAAAAGUUAAAGUAAUAAGAGGGACUAAAUUAGCUGUAAGAGACCUGAUAAGUAGUGACCCCUAUGUUGUACUGAUCCUAGGGCAGCAGAAAGCAAAGACAUCAGUGGUUAAACGUAAUCUAAAUCCUGUUUGGAAUGAAGAACUUAAGCUGUCAGUUCCUCAGCAAUAUGGACCUCUCAAGCUUCAAGUGUUUGACCAUGACAUGCUAUCGAAGGACGACAAAAUGGGCGAGGCUGAGAUUGACCUGCAGCCGAUGAUUAGUGCAGCGACUGCGUUCGGUGACGCUGACCUGCUUGCAGACAUGCAGAUCGGCAAGUGGCUCAAGUCCCCGGACAAUGCGCUGGCCAGGGACAGCCCCGUCAAUGUCGUCAAUGGCAAGGUGAAGCAGGAGGUCUCGUUGAAGCUACAGAACGUCGAGUCCGGGGAGGUGGACCUGGAGCUGGAGUGGAUACCUCUCAAUCAGUAGAAUUCACCAGAUCUGAUGCAUGCUUGUGGCAUAUAUAAGUCGUGAUGAGUUCUUGGUCAUCUUUGGAUUGUCAGGAUGCCUGCAGUAUGGUGUCAUGGAGUAUCUUUACACCUGUGAUGCUGAUGGAACAUUUGGUUAGGUAGCAUGAUGACUUGAAGAACGCACCUAAUCUGUGGUUCAUGAGAUCAGGUUGUAAGCAAUAAAGGAAUAUAGAGCAGGCCGUAAUUGCGCAGUUAAAA